UUUGACAUUGACAUCUGACAUUGUGAUAAUGGCCGCAUGUUUUCAAUUUAUUGUUUACCUUUUGAAUUAUAAUAAAUAAUUAUCAUUUCAAUUCAACAUUUAUGAAACAGAAACAGAACCGAAAUUUAUAUUGAUGAAAUGAUAUGAUUAUAAACAGAGUGCUACUAAUGUAUGAAAUAAUAAAAGAAAAGUAUGUCGGCGACUACGAGCUAAAUUAAAUUUGUAUAGUGGAUCUUGUAUAAAUAUAUUUUAGCACAACAUCAAAAUGACUAAUAGUCAAUUGGUAUCGGAUUUGGUCAUGGGCUUAAAGUCCCGCCAUACGGAAACCCGUCAUAAAGCUAUUCGGGAACUGCAAAAUUUCGCAAAACAGGAUUUGCGUGAAAUGUCUCAGGAUGCUUUAACUCAGGUGUUAGAUGAAUUCAGUCAACAAAUUCAUAUAAUGACAUCAAGCUACGAUAGCAAUGAGAAAAAAGCUGGAAUUUUAACUAUAGUUUGCCUAAUAAGCAGUGAUUCUGAAGCAAAUAAAACAAGAAUAACACGUUAUGCACAUUAUUUAAGAAAUAUAUUUCCAUGUAAUGACAUGAAUAUAUUGGAACUUGCUGCAAAGACUGUGGGAAGAAUUUCAACAUCACUUGGAAUAAAAAGAGGGGAGUAUGUAGAAAUGGAGAUAAAAAGAGCAUUUGAAUGGUUAUCUGGGGAAAGAAAUGAAGCCAAGAGACUCUCUGCUUGCCUUGUAUUAAGAGAACUAGCUAUUGCAAUGCCAUCAUUCUUUUUUCAGCAUAUUAACAGUUUUUUUAACUAUAUAAUUAAUGCAAUACGCGAUCCUAAAGAGCAAGUAAGAGAAGUUGCAGCCAGGGCCAUAAGAGCUGCUUUGGUGGUGACAUCACAGAGGGAAAUACCAGAGCAAAGCAACAAAGCACAUUGGUAUAUUCAGUGUUACGAGGAAGCCAUGACUUCUUUUUCUGAUCAAAUGAGAGAAAGGUUUAUGAGCAGAGAUGAGCAUGUUCAUGGAUCAUUACUAAUUCUGAAUGAACUGUUCCGUUGUUCAAAUUCUAACUGGGAAAAGAAGUACACUGCUCUUAUGCAGAAACUUGAUUCAGAACAAGAAACAUCAGAUGAGAUAUCCACAUUAAAUCCAAAGAUGUAUACUACAUCUGCUUAUCAAUAUGAUGAUAAAAAUCAACACAUUGUUAUUCUGGAAUCAUCAAUAUGUAAAAAAUUAUUAAUGGAAAAGUAUGAUAAAAUAUCUGUAGAUGUAAUGGCACAACAGAUUUCAAGAUCGCAUGGUGUUCAUCAGAUGCUUCUUUUAUUAAUACCAAGAUUAGCAGCAUUCAACAGAGAAGCAUUUGCUCGAAAACAUCUGAAAUCCACAAUCAAUCAUUUAAUAACCUUUCUGAGAGGCAGGGAAAAAGAGAAAGCAAUGGCUUUUACAACAUUGGGACUUAUUUGCAUUGCUGUAGAAGAUGAUAUCAAACAGUACCUCCCUCGAAUCAUAGAAAUUAUAAAACAAACAUUUCCUCUUAAAGAUGUUCCUAGGAAGAAAACUGGUAUAGAUACACCCUUGUUUCACUGUGUCACGUUGCUAGGUAUAGCAAUGAAGGAAAACGUCGCAAAUGAAAUAAAAGAACUUCUCGACCCCAUGUGCGCCACGGGACUUAGCUCACAAUUGACAACAUGUUUUAAGGAACUAAGUCAAAAGGUGCCAUCUUUGAAAAAAGAUAUUACUGAUAGGUUGCUUAAUAUCUUGUCUUUGAUAUUGAGGAAGAAACCAUAUAUGUCCAAUAGUGGAGAAUCACCUUCUGUGCACGCUUUGUCAAAAGCUUUAUUAGUAGAGCCACAUGAUGCUGUAAAGUUGGUCUUAGCCUUGCAUACUCUGGGUACAUUUGAUUUUGAAUGGAACAAUACUCUUAUGUCAUUUAUCAGGAGAUGUACUGAUCAUUAUUUGCAAUUUGAGCAACAAGAUGUGCGACUAGAGGCAGUCAAGACUGUAGCUAAAUUGCUUAACAAAGCUAUUGAACGAUGUUCGGUCACCAAUUCUCGUACUUUAAAUGCUUUAAUUGAUGAAUCUCUCGGCAAACUUUUAUCUAUCGGUCGCUCUGACUUUGACCACGAAAUUCGGUAUAAAGUGCUUGAAAUAUUUACUAAUCCUGUAUUUGAUAAAUAUUUAGCUGUUGAGGAACAUCUGAGUUGUCUGUUUGUUGCUAUCAAUGAUUCAAAUAGCGACGUGAGUGAGUUGGCCCUGUGUGUCACAGGAAGGUUGAGCAAUAUAAAUCCCAGUUACACUACGCCCGUUCUGCGACAACUAUUCGUACAAAUAUUAAUGGAAUUACAAUAUUCAGAAUCAGCUCGCAAUAAAGAGCAGUCACUCAGAAUGGUAAAUAACAUCAUAUCACACGCUCCGCGAUUGACGCAACAGUUUGUGGAUACAAUUUUAAAAGUUUUCAUACCAAAAUUAAAAGAAGACGGAACAAAUUCAACUAUGAUAUGUAUAAUUUUAAAAUCUAUAGGAGAUCUUGCUGAAGUUCACGGUGGUGGGAGUGCUCUGAUCAGUUGGUUGCCAGAACUAAUGUCGAUCCAGCUCGAAAUAUUGUCAGAUCCUAAUCAGCCUGAGAAAAAAAGUGUUGCUUUAUGGUCUUUUGGGCAAGUCAUAGGCGCAAUCGGUUAUGUUGUGUCACCAUACAUGUCAUAUCCUAAUCUUAUGGAUAUGCUUCUGAAUUUCUUAAAGACUGAACAGCAUCCUGUAGAUAGAAGAGAAACUAUUCGAGUUCUUGGUCUUUUGGGUGCUCUUGAUCCUUAUAAACAUAGAGUUAAUCAAGGGCUAAUUGAUUUCCAAACUGUGUCUACAUUAAUACCUGUGCCAGAUACAUCGUCGACAAAUGAUAAUUUCGACAUCAAUGUAAGUGAAAUGCUCGUCAGCAUGUCGCCUCUAGUUCUGGACGAAUUCUAUCCAGCCAUAGCAGUAACGUCACUAAUGCGUAUACUGCGCGAUCCAUUACUGGCUCAACACCACACAAGCGUAGUCCAUUCUGUCACCUAUAUUUUCCAAACUUUGGGUAUAAAAUGCGUCCCAUACAUUUCGCGCGUUACUCCGAGUCUUAUAUACGUCAUCCGAACAACUGAUAAUCAAAAUUUUAGGGAGUUUUUAUUCACACAGUUGGCGUUACUUAUUUCUGUAGUAAAAAUCCACAUUCGGGCAUAUUUAGAGGAAAUAUUUGAUCUUAUCAGAGAAUAUUGGACACCAGACAGUCCUUUGCAACCCACACUUAUAUUGUUGGUUGAGCACAUAACAGUUGCUAUCGGUACAGAAUUCAAAGUAUAUCUGCGAAAGAUAUUACCAAACAUUUUAAGAGUUUUGAAAAACGAUAGAAGUAAAGAUAAAAUUUUAACUGAGAAGUUAUUACUAGCGAUUCAGAAGUUCGAAAAUAAUUUGGAUGACGUUUUGCUGUCGGUAGUGCCCGCAAUAACUGGGCUAUUUGAUGGAAGGAAUAUACCGACGUCAAUAUCCAAAUUGGCGAUGGAAACGAUUGAACAUUUAGCAAUGCAUCUGUAUCUUAAGCCAUAUUCAGCAAUGAUAAUUCAAACAUUGGCCAAAGUUUUGGAAAACAGUCCAUCUCUGCAACAAACCGCAAUGAACACGCUUUGUGCUUUGAUCGUUCAAUUAGGACGAGAAUACAUAGACUACAUUGCUUCGAUAGACAGAAUAUUAGUCAAACAUAAAAUUCAAUGCCCAAAUUACAUAGUGUUAGUAACCAGGCUGCAAGUUAUUUCUACCCUGGCUUCAGAUGAUGAUUAUCUGGACGAAACGAGGUUACGAAUACGAAACCUAAAGAAAAAUGUGGUCAACAAUGAUCCUCAAACGAUCCAGAAAUUGCCGCUCAAUGUGGAAAAGCUUCGAAAAUGUUGGGCAGUCAAUAAUGUUGUAUCAAAAGAAGAUUGGUUAGAAUGGUUACGUCAACUAAGCGUUGGAUUUUUGACCGAGUCCAACAGCCCGGCGAUAAGAGCUUGUUCCAGUUUAGCACAAAAUUAUCCGCAAUUGGCAAGUGAUUUAUUCAACGCAGCUUUCAUGUCGUGUUGGACAGAGCUGGGGGAACAGUCCCGUAGUGAGCUAGUUACAGCUUUAGAAAGAGUGCUUAAAGUACCUGAUGCUCCAGAGGUGGCGUUGGUUGUACUCAACCUUGCAGAAUUUCUGGAGCACUGCGAAAAAGGCGCCCUACCUAUAUCUAUAAAAGUUCUUGGUGACACCGCAAUAACUUGCCGGGCUUACGCAAAGGCUCUUUUCUACAAGGAAGAAGAGUACCGAAGGAAUCCUUCAACCCAAGUGGUCGAGGCGCUUAUACAUAUAAAUAAUAAAUUACAACAAAAGGAAUCCGCGAAUGGGUUGAUUGAAAAAGUUAUUUCACAAAAAAGAAACGGAGACUGUUCUUUAAACGUACAUGUGCGUUGGUACGAGAAACUGCAUAACUGGGAUCAGGCGUUGGAACUUUACAGUAAAAAGUUAGAUGAUGAUCCUCAAGACAGUGAAUCAAAAUUAGGGAUGAUGAGAUGUUUAGAAGCUUUGGGAGAAUGGCACAAGCUUUAUAACAUUACUACAGAUGAAUGGGAUACGAUGAAUGAAGAUUUUAAAAAUAAAUCAGCGAAAAUUGCUGCUGCUGCUUCUUGGGGCUUACAAGAAUGGGAUUCUAUGAAAAAAUACGUGAAUUGUAUUCCUGACGAUACUCAAGAUGGUGCAUUUUACAGAGCGAUUUUGGCAAUCCACGAGGGGCGUUGGUCGGAGUCGAGACAUUAUGUCGACACAGCGAGGAACGUACUAGAUGCAGAAUUGUCAGCAGUAGUUGGUGAAAGUUAUCAGAGAGCAUACGGGUCUUUGGUAAAUGCGCAGCUGUUAACAGAGUUGGAGGAAGUCGUAACAUACAAACUUGUCGAAGAAAGAAGAGGUAUUAUUCAUAGAACUUGGUGGACGCGGUUGCAGGGUGGUCAGCGUUUAGUCGAAGAUUGGCGAAGAAUGCUUCAAAUUCGCACCUUGGUGAUGACUCCUCGAGAAGAUUUUCAGACUUGGUUAAAGUUUGCUUCUUUAUGCAGAAAAACAGGUGCCGUUAAUCAAGCACAUAAAAUAGUUCUUUCUGUGUUAGGUUGCGAUCCAAUGUCUAAUUCUGACGUGCUUUUACGAACUCAAGAUCCUAGAAUUGUUUUAUCGUAUAGCAAAAAUUUAUGGGACGCGGGAAAUAAGCGUUAUGCUUACGAUGUUUUGCAAAGGUUUGUGGAUACCUCCGAACCAGAAAAUGAAGAACACUGUCGUUUACUGGCACGCUGUCAUUUAAAAUUGGGAUCUUGGAGCGAGUCCCUCCAAGAAAUCAAUGAAUUAUCUAUACCAGAAAUUUUAAGGAACUACGACGCAGCCACUAACCUUGCACCUGAGUGGUACAAAGCAUGCCACGCUUGGGCGUGUAUGAAUUUCGAGACUGUACUGUUUUAUAAACAACAAGACAGUAUAUCAGAGAGUAGUCUAGCUGGCGGAUCCAGCGAAAAAAAGGUCUCAAGGGCGGAAUUCAUCAAUACGUAUACAAUACCCGCCAUUAAAGGAUUCUUUAAAUCUAUUAGUCUCUCAAAUGGAAGUUCUCUACAAGAUACUUUGAGGCUUCUUACAUUAUGGUUUGAUCAUGGACAUCACCCCGCUGUGUAUGACGCUUUGUUUGAAGGCAUAAGACAAAUUGAUGUUAAAAUAUGGCUACAAGUUAUUCCUCAACUGAUUGCUAGAAUAGAUUCCCCGAGGAGUUUGGUGGCAAAAUUGGUGCACAUCUUGUUGAUAGAUAUCGGCAAACUUCACCCACAAGCUUUGGUCUAUCCUUUGACUGUUGCCACAAAGUCCUCAUUUGUGACGCGGAAAAAUGCCGCUAACUAUAUUUUGAGGACCAUGUGUACGCAUUCACAGAAAUUGGUCAGCGAAGCUGAAAUCAUAUCAGAGGAAUUGAUCAAAAUUGCGAUGUUGUGGCAUGAUCAGGUUUACACUGCAUUAGAAGAUGCCUCAAGGUUAUACUUCAGUGAAAAAGAUUACAGGGGCAUGUUUAGAACGCUUGACAAAAUGCACGCAAUGCUCGAUCAGCCGCCGGAGACAUUGAAGGAGGUGUCUUUUCUACAAAUGUAUGGUCGAGAUUUGCACGAAGCUCAGCGCUGGUGUGAAUUGUAUAAGGAGAGCAACGAGGACCGGUACCUCAACGAGGCGUGGGACCUGUACUGCCACGUGGUGCGGCGUAUCGGUGCGCAGUUCCGCUCGCACACGUCGCUGGAGCUUCAGUACGUGAGCCGGCGGCUACACGCAUGCCGAGACCUGGAGCUGGCCGUGCCCGGCUCCUACGUGCCCGACGAGCGCCUCAUACGCAUCGCGCACAUCAAUACUCACUUGCAGGUUAUUAAAUCCAAACAACGGCCACGUCGUCUCACAAUACAAGGCUCGGACGGAAAGCAAUACAUGUUCCUGCUAAAAGGCCACGAGGACUUGCGUCAGGACGAGCGAGUGAUGCAACUCUUCGGCUUAGUCAACACCCUGCUCCAAGCAGAUACGAAUACAUACAGACACGAUCUAGCCAUUCAGAGAUAUGCGGUCAUACCUUUAUCACCCAACUCUGGUCUGAUUGGUUGGGUACCCCAAUGCGACACUCUGUAUAACCUUAUAAGCGAUUAUAGAGACAAGAAAACUAAUAAAAUGGCUUUGAACACUGAGCAACAGAUAAUGUUGAGGAUGGCAUCUGAUUAUCAGAAAUUGAUGUUAAAACAUAAGGUGGAAGUCUUCGAAUACACUCUAUCUCAGACACCAGGGAAUGACUUGUCCAGACUCCUGUGGCUCAAGAGUCCAUCAGCUGAGGUUUGGUUCGAACGCCGCACGAACUACAUCCGCUCCCUCGCUGUUAUGAGCAUGGUGGGCUACAUUCUGGGACUCGGGGACAGACAUCCGUCCAACAUCAUGCUGCAUAGAGUGACAGGAAAAGUAUUGCACAUCGACUUCGGCGAUUGUUUUGAAGUCACACAAACUAGAGAACGGUUUCCAGAAAAGAUACCGUUUAGAUUGACUCGGAUGCUGAUUAAUGCUAUGGAGGUAACUGGUAUAGAGGGAUCAUACCGUUCAACGUGCGAAUCAGUGAUGCACGUCCUUCACAAACAUCGCGACAGUGUCAUGGCGGUACUGGAGGCUUUCGUCUACGACCCACUGCUGAACUGGAGACUCAUAGACAACGAGAAGCACUCCAUCACAGAGUCCACCUUCUCUUCUGACAUCGAGUCUUCAUACUCCCUUCCCAGCAGGAGCAGGAAUCACCUGCGAUACGAGUCUUUGGAAAUGCCACCAGAGUCUAACCUCAACAAGCGCGCUCUCGCUAUAUUGAAUCGUAUUAGAGACAAGUUGACCGGACGGGACUUCCCCAAUAUAGAAUCGGUGGUUAGUGUACCGAAACAAGUCGAUUUGUUGAUUAAAAUAGCUACAAACAAUGAGAAUUUGUGCCAGUGCUAUAUAGGAUGGUGUCCGUUUUGGUGAGAUGUAAGUGUUCAGUAUUUUUUAUUUACGGCUAAAAUGUCUCCUGCUCCAUUCGUCUAUCUCGAAUUCCUAUUGUAUGUAUUGAUCGAUGUUAUGUUUUAUGGUAAAGGUUUGGUUUUGAUUGUCGUAAUGUUAACUGAAUAGUCGUAGCAGAAGUGCGUUUUUGGAUUGUGGGUGUGACGACAUCGACACCUAUUUACCAAUAUACCGUUGCGUAUUGCCGCCAGUGGCGCGCAGACUUAUCUAGUGGUUAGACGCGGAUGAUUAUUUGAUGAUGAUAAACUUGUAUGAUUAUGCUUUACUGAUUCUUGUUGAAUUUGUCACAAACCCAAACCUUUAUAAAAUAUAACAUCUACCAAAAUGUGAGAAAAAGACACCACUCAAAGUGGAACUUGACAUUUUAUCUUAUUCUAAGAUUCAUAUUAAUUGUCAAGGUAUAAUUAUUCGAGGAGGCUCUGUAUUUAUAAUUGUAUUUACAUAUACUGCAACGCUAUAUUUAAACUAAGGUGAUGUUGAAAAUGAAAAAAGUAAAUAAUCACUUGUUCGGUUCCAACCUUAUUUAAAUAUCAUUAUAGUAGGCGUCUGCUAGUAGAAUAAACAAUUCUAACUGUUCGUGGUAAACUCGAAAACUUUACACACUGGCUUUCGAUUAAUUCUAGAGAAAGGUUGUAUAAAAAUUGUCAAGGAUUUGUAAUUUUUAGAAGGGAUAGUUUCCACAUUGUCACAGGAGUCUGCUAUUCAGUAUUAAUAUUUAUCUUGUGAAGUGAAUCCAGUAAUCUAUCCAGUCCUUAAAAUAACGUACUGCCUAAACAAACGUCGCAUCAACGUUCGCUUUGGGAAGUUAUACAUAAAAUGAGGCGAAUUAUCGACAAAUUAUUAUCGAUGAUAUUCGGCAUUUUACACUGACUCUAAAGUAAUAGGUAUUAUAACUAUUAUUUUUUCAUUCAGUAAGUUCUCCGUGAAGAAAAUGCCACCACGCAAUUGAAUAUAAAAUAAAACAUUAACCAAGUAGGCGCAAUUAUUUGCAAGGUUCUUUCGUUGGAAUGUGCAAUUACUUUGUCAAUGUUUGUCAGUUUGCUAUUGUAUUGUGACGUUUAUGCUUAUGUAUAAGGAAAUGAAAUAAGGAACUUUGAUUAAUCACAGUUAAGCUUCCUAUUUCCUAUAAGUAUUAGCUAUAUGACACUUUACACUAUAUACAAAAAUAGACACUAUAAUCGCGGACACCGUCAUGUUACUAUACUAACGCGAAAUUCGCGCAAAACGGCUGAUUUAAAAUUUAAAUAUAAUUAUUAACCGAAAUAUGAUUUGCGUUAAGCUUUCGUUUCAGAUUUGGCCGUAUAUUAUAGCCAUUGGCAAAGAGCUUCAUCAGUGAGGUGCAUUUCAUUUAUUGUUCCUAUCCCGCCGAGAGCACUAAGAUGUUUUAUUAUAUUGACUAUGUCGACUUUAAUCUAUUGGUAAAAUAAUAGAAUUUUACCAACCUCAUGUCAUCGCUCCUCGUUAUUUUUUUACUCGUUAUAGGUUCCCGAUUGUUUAUGAUUGUAGAUUGAUGAUUGUUUUUUUUUCAUUUACUUGUUAUCAUUUUCAUUUCAUUUGAUAAUGAUUUGAUAUUUUUUUUUUGGAAAUAGUACCCUAUCAGUAUAAUACAGCAAAAUAAUCUCCAUUAGUAUGUAAAUUUUGAAUUAUCAAAAACAUUGUUAAUUGUGAUUUUGAGAUAACAUCGAUAACACCAUGCUGUACCUACAUCACUAUUUAAAUACUUCACAAUACUUUGCGAGGGUACGCGCCAUCUUGUUCUUUCAGACUAUUUAUUUGUGGUGCAGCGAGAUUUUGACAGUUUUCUUCACUUCAAUGUUUGAAUGUUUCUUUGACGCCUAGCAUUUAUUUUUACGAGUAGGUACCCAUGUAUAUUGUAUGCAACGCUAUUUAUUUUCAAGCUAGACUUUCAAAUGUAUAUUCGAGCCUUAGAAACUAUUCACUGGCAGAUCUUUUAUUACACUCGUCUUAUUUCCCAGUACUAUUAGGGUAGAUAUACAUUGUAUGAUCAAAAGAAUCUGUCAAAUAUUUAUGGUCAAGCUUUCAGGUCAGCAAGUACCUAUCUUGUUUUUGUUUAUUAAAGUUAUUACUUGUAAGUAUUAUCUAUAACGUCAAACAAUUAUUAUCUUACAUUAUUUAAUUAACUACAUAUGUAUUUAUAAGUGUGUAAUAUAGCUAUGUAAAACAUUUAAUUGGGUAAGCGUAAUAAACAAAAUUUUAUUCAAA